AACGUGCAUAAUUUUGACAGACCAAUGAUUUAUUCCAGGACCUUUCGGGUGUUUCGAAGACCUAUUUUGGUCAAAUCAAAAACAAGAUCGACUUUGUUCCGCUCCGACUCAAAUUUCCGAAACCAUGACCUGGUCCAACCUGCCCGCGCCCCUGCUGGAACCCAUCCUGCGGCGACUUUCGUUCCGCGACAAACUGUCCUGCUCGCUGGUGUGCCGCCGCUGGAACCAAACCGUAUUCGCCGCCGUUCUGUCCCAGUCCGCUCGGUUGCGGCUGGUCCGCUGGAACCGGGCCGCGGCCAGCUACGAACUGCUGGACAAGCAGGUGCUGCUGGCGAACAAGCGCUGCUACCGGAACGUGGAGCUGGGAUGGGGGGAUGAUCAGGGAGGGUUGGACGGAUUGGUGCUGCUGCUGCACAUGUUGCCGCGGUACGCGUUGCGGAGUUUGACGGUGAAUGCCACGCCGGACGGGGGGUUGGUGGAGUUUUUUGGGCGGUGCAAGGAGGUUUUGGCCGGGUUGACGGAGCUGACUGUGAGGAUAAGCGGGCCGAGGAGGCCGUACCACGCGAGGGAUGAGCUGGAGUUUGAAUGGUGUCACGUGGUCAUUCCGGGGUUGCAGGCGCUCUGGUGGGUCGAUACGGUGGUUGGAGGGAUUGGGCACGUUCGGCCAACGUUUGCGAUUGAGGCGCCGAAGUUGUCGUUUGUGAAGAUUCAGACGUCCCGCUGGUUGUCGUUUUGCGUGCUGAACCUUAACUGGAGCAAUUCGAUCGGGAGGUUGGAGUUGGACAUUCCGAACAAGAUUUGGCGCAAUUUGGGUGUGAACAGGUUCGACCAGCUGGAGGUGCUGCAUUUUGCGGAUGUUUCUGCCGAAACGUUCGAUUUGCACCUUGAAACGCCUAAAUUUAGGGUGGAAUUGCUGAGCAGGAUGACGAACCUGCGCUACGUUCAGAUUAGUUCCGUCAAGGACGCGCUUUUUAGGGACGUUUGCCGGGUUUGCACCAAGUUGUACUCGAUGAAGCUGUGCGGAUUUACGAUUUCGUACAAAUCCUUGCCCCAUUUGGAUAUGCUGCAACGACUGCAGAAUCUAACGCUGACGGACGGGGUCAUCCAGUGCCAGAACUGGAGUCCGGUGCCAUUGAGAGCCGGGUGGAUGUUGAGUCUUGGAACGGCUCAGAUUAAGGAGUGGACUAAAGGGUUGGCCAACUGUGGCAAGACGCCACAAGAAGUGGAGAAUGUCAUCACCGGCUGUUUCGCCAGAUAUUCCCGGCAGGUUCCGGUCUAAUGUAAAUUUUUUACAACCAAGUUGUAUUUCAUUUGAAUUCUUUACUCUGAGAAAUAAAAAUUAACCUGGUUUGUUAAGUCA